GCCCUUAGUAUCAUUUGCGUUCAGCUCUGUCAUACACGUUCCUUACGCAUACACAAAUAAAAAAAUAACAUUAAUACAUUUCUUUAGUAAAAAAAAUAAUAAUAUAAACUCGAUGAAUACGAACUUUCGAAUACAUUCGAAAUUUGAAUAUAGGAAGUGUUAAAAGCCAGUAUUUCGUGUGUUUUUUUUUUAUAAAUUUGAAAUAGGUAUAGGUACUCCGAUAAGACAGCUACACUACAAAGCUUUGAAUCAGAAAACAUUAAUUAACUAAAGCGUUUAGAGUCAGUGAUUUGUUUAAUUAAAAAGACACUAUUCAUUUAAGUGAUCACUAGAAUUUAAGUGUAAUUGUUAAACAGUUUAACGUAACGAAAAGUGAUUAGAAAUUGUAUGUUUUUUCUUGUCAGACUUGUUACAAGUUGAUCGAUUUAAAUAGACGAUAUAUUUUGAUAAUAGUUUAUUUAGUAUAAAGUAGAAAAUAAACGGCAGUGCAACAGGUGAUCGAAACGACCACACUUGACAUGAUUCUUUACGAUUUGCAGUUGGAAGCGGGCGCCGGCGAGGGUCCCGGGCCCCCGGUUAAUAACAAUGCAGAAGGUGCGGUGGCGAGUCCACCACGCGACGACAACCACAAUCCACCACAGCCACCACCCUCGCCACGUGCCAGGCCGUUUUACACCUCAGAAGCUCUAAAACUGUACGGAGACAGACUGACAGAAUGGGAGAGGAAUGAAAUCAGAAAAUAUCCCGAGGUGUGGUUUCUGGGCCUGGAGGCGAACAAGAUCCAAGCGAAGUCGAAUCUACCAAAUAACUGCGGUUUCGACGACGAAUACGGCAGUUACAAUAAACAAAUCCACGACCACAUAGCAUACCGAUAUGAGAUUCUAGAAGUAAUCGGCAAAGGUUCCUUUGGCCAAGUAAUCAGAGCGUUGGACCACCGCACCGGCAGUCAGGUGGCCAUCAAGAUUAUCAGGAACAAGAAGCGGUUCCACCACCAGGCCCUAGUCGAGGUCAGAGUGCUGGAUCACCUCAGGCUGAAGGACAAGGAUCAAUCGCACAACGUGAUACACAUGCUCGAUUACUUCUACUUUAGGAACCACUUGUGCAUCAGUUUCGAGCUUAUGAGCAUCAAUUUAUACGAGCUGAUCAAGAAGAACAACUACCAAGGGUUCAGCUUGAGCCUGAUCAGGCGGUUUGCGAGUUCACUGCUCCGGUGCUUGAGGCUACUUGAGGCAGAAAAUAUUAUACACUGCGAUUUGAAACCUGAAAACAUCCUCUUGAAGGCCCGAGGUAGUUCUUCCAUCAAAGUGAUAGACUUUGGCAGCUCGUGUUACACGCACGCGAGGGUCUAUACCUAUAUCCAGUCGCGGUUCUACAGGAGUCCUGAGGUCAUACUUGGACUGCAGUAUGGGACCCCAAUCGAUAUGUGGAGUAUGGGAUGCAUCCUUGCGGAACUCCACACAGGGUACCCGCUGUUUCCCGGUGAGAAUGAAGCGGAACAGCUUGCUUGCAUCAUGGAGCUGCUGGGUCCGCCGCCACCUGAUCUCCUGCUGCACGCCACAAGAAAAAGACUCUUUUUUGAUUCGAAAGGCUCACCGCGCAGUGUUACCAACUCGAAAGGUCGCAAACGAAGACCCGCGUCCAAGACCCUGGCGUCUGCCGUGAGGACUGAUGACCCCGCCUUCUUGCAUUUCUUGCACAGAUGCCUUGAAUGGGAUCCAAAACGGCGAAUCACACCUACGGAAGCUUCAAGACAUGAAUUCGUCACGGGGUGCGCGUUGGGGACUUCUCCUGCGGGAGUACUAGCUUUACCUCGCCUAGCGCCACCCAGGCCCACUCGGAGCGCGUUGCUGCAUUCGCAGUCAGCUGGCGAUGUGGCCGCCAUGUUGGGUAGGGCGUGACCUCGUGACAUUUGAGCUAGAGUUGGUUCCGGCGGGUUAUACCAUAGAUAAUCAUUUGUUUUUUUUUUUUAAUUUAAAUUAGGCAAAAGAGUUUCAAUACAUAGAUAUUAUUACGACCAAUAUUUCAACUGGGAAUCAAAGAGGCGCUAUUAAGUCUACCCAGAUCAGUUUCACAUCAUCAAACUAGUAAAAGAUCUCGCUAUGACAUAACUAGAUGUUUUAAACAUUAGCGUUUAAAUUUUUACGACUGAUGAAGACCAAUUCUAGAUUCCAUUAUCAUAUCUACUACAUAACAGCCAUCCAUUGUUUUAAACCGAGCCAUCAUUACUCAAUAUGCUGAGCUAUAUUAAUCAAGAUAUAACAGAGGUAUAAAUCUGUUAUGCACUACUUACAGCGACGCAUUGACUAUUGCCUAGUUUGCGAUUACUUUUUAAACUAUUACGAAAAUUCGAUCUUGAAUUAUAUCAAGAUUAGUUAUUUGCGUGGAAUAUUAUUGCUAUUUAAUUAUAUAUAUAAAUAUAUUGGAUUGGAAAUAAUAUAUCGGAUAUUAGCCAUCAGACGUAAAUUUCAUUCUUGUAAUGUAUAUCGGUAUUGAAAUAAAAAAAACAAAAAUUGUUGACAAUACUGACAAAAAGUGUUCCAUUUCGUUUACUAAUUGCAUUAAAACUAAAUUCGGUUGAUUUUUAAAUGUCUAUUAAAUUACGUAUUUACAUGUUGCAAUGUUUUUGUAAUUGGAAACGUGGAUUUUUUUUUUAUUUUUAUUCAUUUCAACUACGCAUUCAAAGCGUGAAAUAGAAAAUCUUAUUCCUUUUUUAAAUUUCAGUGCCAAAUUGGAAAUUGUGAAUUGUUGACUGACAGUGAACUGUGCGAAUGUAAAACUAAAUGUGGAAAAGUAGAACUACUGUAUAGAUUUUAGAUAAUGACGUAUAUCUUAAAAAUUGCAUUAAUCUUGAUUAUAAUAUAGUACAAGAUGGUAUACGUCUCAUUAUAUCAUAUCACUGUGAAAUUAGGAAUAUCAGACAUAGAUAUGACAUUAGUCAUAUUUAAAAUUACUAUUAAACACCUACGAGGCGUUUCACAUGAUAAACGUCAUCAUUUAUCUCUAUUUUAGUGCCUGCAUAUACGCUAUAAUAAUUGAUUUUAUUGUUUUAACAGAAAAAUAGCUUAUUUUAUCAACAAGCGUAAAUGUAGGUAUUUAUAAAUGAUUUACAAAUAGUUUGCCCAUUGCCAUAUUUAUACGUUAUCGUAGCACGGCACGGCACAAUAAGAAACGAUUUUAUCGUCACGAUACAAUAGAAAAACAUUAUUUUCACACAAUAACACAUAUUAUAUCGCAACGAUAAAAUCGCGCCGUGCCACGCCAAAUUAUAAUACCUCUUUUGUUUACCUACAAUACCGUAUAUUUAAUUCAAAUGAGUAACUUUAAAGAACACAUAAGUUACUGGUCGUGUUAAAAAUUAAUAUAUACCUAGUAUCAUUGUCUUUGGUAAACUAAGUUGUCAUGUAUGAAUUAAAUAUUAAAAAUGAUUUUUUUUUUUUGUUUUUGGUAGAUGACAAGAACAUAUUAAAAAAGUCAAAUUCCAGACAAAUUAUCUUACUAAAGACUAGGCAGCAUGGUCUCCGACCUUAGCCUAUUCCAUAACGUACUAAACGUACUAAAAAAAAUUAAAUAAGUCAACGUGAAAUAAUGAAUUUCAAUGACAAAAAAUGUGUACCUACAACUACAUAUACAUUUAUAUCUAUAUUUUUAAUUAAGUAGCAAAUGUUUUGUCUUAUUACAGGUUGAUAAUUGCCUAAUUAUGAAAUAUUGUUAUUGAGAAUUAUGUAGUACAAUAUUUCAUUUUCUCAAUCGCUCGAGUUAAUUGAAUCGUGAAAUACGUUUCCAUCUACAACGUUCUAGAAUAAAAGAUAGGGUACAAUAGACAAAUUUGGGUAUUUAGAUUAAAAAGGUGUUAGUAAAUGUACUUAUAUUAUGUAGAAUUUUGUAAAAUCUUUAGAUGAAAUGUUUCUGUGGCUCAUAUUACGACGCACUGGAACUAGUUCCAUUUUUCUAUGAGUACAUACAUACAUACAUAUCUGUCACGCCUGUCUCCCAUUAGGGUAGGCAGAAACAAUGGAACGCCAAAUGCUUCGAUUCAAACAAACCUCUUUCACUUAAUCCACAUUCAUCAAUCUUUUCAUACACGCUCGCCGGUUAGGGGUACUUUUAAUUUGGCCUUUCUUCAGCACGUCGCCUAUUUGAUCGACAUACGUCCGUCUAGGGCGGCCCCUACCGACUUCUCCAUUCGUUCUUGCUCGAUAAAUCUCUUUCGUAAUUCUUCUUUCAUCCAUCCUCUCCAAAUGACCAAACCAACGCAAAUAUUGCGAAUGUUGAAUGUCUAUGAGUACAAUCCUACAAUUUAGAAUUUUUGUUUAUUGGCAAUAAAUAUAAAUAUUUUUUUUUUUAUAUUGCAAUUUUUUUACACUACAAAACUAGUUCUCGUGCAUUGUAAAAUGAAUCAUAUUCGUUGCUUUAAUAUAUGUAUAUUAGGACUCUCACACUGUCAUGAUGUUAGAAGUACUUAGAUAAUAAAACGUGUAAAUGUUUAAACAAAGUAAAAACUAAUUAUUAAUGUAAUAGAUUUGUUGCAUGAUAGAAAUAUCGAUAUUUACAAAAAUAAGGGACCGAUAUAACCCGAAGGAUCGGCAUGCUGUAGUAGCGAUCGGCCGACCAUAGCUUGGCUUGAACCGAUUAACGUGUUGAAGGUUGAUGAUCCCUCACCAGAUGGAGUGACGACCGAUACUUUAAAAUAUUUUAAAUAUUUAAACCUACAUUUGGGAAUUGUAAGUUAUUAAUAGGUUGAUAUAUAAACAUACUUCCCGAUGUCUCAAUCUAAUGGACUCAAAUUUCAUACCUAGAUCUCUCCGCUGUCCGAACUGAAUGCAUUCCCAGUUAUAGCAUAGAAAAAACUAGAAAAAAAAAGAAUUGCAGAGUCAAUGAAUGCAUAAUGGAUCAGGACCAUUUAUUGUAGCCAUUUCCAAGGAAUCCGUUGCUUUAAUUAUAUUUUUUUUAAUUUUUUAAGACACUAUCUAUCGUCUAUGGUUAGAGUGAGAGGUCCGUAAAAAUAGGUCAAUACAGUGUUUACAAUAACAUGUCAUAGACAUUUAUAGAGUAGGUAUAAUUAAAAAAUUCUAUUAUUUUUCCAAAACUUUAACAGAUCUAAAUUGAAUAUAUUUUUUUGUUUUAAAUUGUUUUGUACUAUAUUAGAUAUAAUAAUUAACUUAUUACUACCUAUGGGUAGACUGUCGUCAUAAAAAGAUGUACUUAAUCUAAUGUUCAAUUAGGUAAGAUUCAAUGCUUUAAUAAAAUGGUUAAAUAAUUCAAAUGGUAGUUACAUUAUUUAUAUCUCAAACUUAUAUUAUAUAGAUAGAGUCUCUCCGUAGAAAUGCUUGGAGAAAAGUAAGUCAACUUUUUCAUACAAUUUGGCGUGAUAAAUAGUUAUGAGUGAUUCCUUUAUAACUUCUAUACUUAUUUUGUCUUAUAAUUUUUGCAUCUUUUUAAUGCGUAAAAACUCUUUAUUUAUUAAACAAUUAAAUAUAGAUACGUCAAGAUACAUUGUGUGCGUAAGUAUAAAUAAAACGAGCUAGCUAAUUUAACAAUUAGCUGACAAAAAGUUGACUUGGUUUUGAGACUCAAUAUUCUAUCUAUAUAAUCUAAGAUUUCAAAGUACUUGUUUUUGAUAGCAAGUCACAAUAUUUCUUUAAUAAAUACCAAAGUAAUACUUAAAUAAAAUUAUCGAAAAACAAUCAACUAUUAUAUAUAAUAAGAGUUUUUUGUCAUGUAGAUUCUUUUAGUAAUAAUCAAAAGGAUAGGUAUUAGAAUUUGUACUCAAAUAAAUAAUUUAAUUUUACGUAACAAACAUUUUACAGAUGGUACAUAUUAUGAUAUUAUUAAUGUUUUCCAAAUAUCUUAGUUCUAAUCUUAAGGUUUAACAACUCCACUUGAGUGAUACGUAAAUAAAUAUUAAACAUAAUUUAAUAAAUAUACUUGGUUACCUCAUAAUACGGGCUACGUAUUUAUAUGGAGUAACCAGGUAUAUUAUUCAUUUAAAAUUUUUCCUGAUCAUUCAAUGCCCCAUUAUUAAAGUAAUUAUUUUAAAUUUAUAAUAAUAUAUACGUACACGUGUAUAUUUAAAAUCAAUAUAAAUCAGUCUCUUGCGAUUACUUGAUCACUAAUACACUCCCUAGCUUAAUAGUGGUCAAGAGUGUGACUUCAUACAAAAUUCACUACAUGAGUCUUGAAUACCUCCGUAGAGGCAUAUUAAUUUUGUUGUCAAGCAACUUACUUGUUACUCGCAUGUUUCAAGUAAGAUACGCCAGUGAAAUUACUGUAUACUGUGACUCAUGAUUUACCACGUCACAAGAGAUAGCGAAAUGCAAGAUUUCUCUGGCUUUACAAGUAUUUAUAGAUGUGGUAAUCGAUUAUGACCAGGUGGAUCUUACCUUAGUAGAAAAAAAGUGGGCAUUUAAAUACUCAUUUAGUAUAGUUAAGUAAAUAAAUGUUCAUUUUAUAACACAUUAGUGUAUAUCAACAUACACAAAAACAUGUAAUACACAUCCAUAAAACAUGUACAUGUUUGAAUCGACUUCAAACAGAACAGAGUUUUUUAAUUCGAUUGUAUAUUUUUUAUGUUUGUUUUCCAUAAAUCCAUUAAUUAUAAACCAAUUUGGAAAAUUCUUUUUUCAUCUUGAACUUACAAUACCAUAGAAAUUUUAUCAAAAUCGCUUCCACAGAAGUUUAGUUUUUAAAACAAAAUAACCGGUUAUGCCACAAUUGAAAUCAAAUUUCUUUGCAGAACACGAUUUCAAUUAUAGCUAUAUAGGUGAAAUGUUAUUACAUGUUUUAUUACUUACAUGUUUCAUCAUGAUAUUACAUGUUUCUUUGUUUCUUUCUAUCAACAAACAUGUACCUAAUAUACGUUUUAAACAGCAGACUUGUAUUUUGGUGGUAGGAGGAUUUAUAACACGAGUACGUAAAUUUACAAUUUUAUCAACGAAAUACAAAAUAAACUCAAGUGAGAACACUAUUCGACUGCAAAAUGGUCUAAGAUUGUGUACAUAAUUUUAUUGUUUCGUAGAUUAUAAAUAGGCCAAGCCAAACUGUGAAUUGACGUAAGGGUUCAGUAUAGUGUUAAUGUAUAAUUUAUUAGUGAACUAUAUUUGUGAUUCUCAUAAGACUAGCUUUAGAAAAUGAUUGUUAAACCUCAAUAUAUAAGUAUUUAUCAUAUAUGUAUUAAAUAAAUGUUUGUUUCGAUUGAAUCGUCAUAUUAAAGUUCUUCCAAGUGAUCC